GGUUAGGCCAUGGCACAUGCACAAAGAACUCCACGGCCUGAGACUACACAAGUCUCUCCACCCUUGAGAGGCUUCUUCUCAUUUCCUCCUCAGAUGCCAGUCUCUUAAAUGAGUGUCUUGAGUCUUGACCGUCACUUGACAUCAACAGCGGCUUAUCGUGCCACCCCUGAACCAUCCAUUUCCAGGAAUAGGGACGCACUCCCGUUCCGACACCCGCGCCAAAAGCAAAUGAACCUUGUCCAGUUCUCCUCAGAACACAGUACACUACAACCUCAGCAACAGACAGGCUGGGAUGGUCCGAUGGGAUAUCGAUGGCUUGCGGCCCCAAAUCCACAUCUCAGCACUCUCAAAUGCCAAGCAAACUUUGAGAGACAAUUCGUUCAUAUUGAUUACUCCAAGUUUUUCCUGCCUCGCCCUGAGUUCCGUUUUAGGCAUCGCCAAAAUCUGCGCGGGCUUCUGUGCCAGCUUGGUAUUAGCGAUGAUGAUGUAGUAUUCUUCAGUCUCAAUGCCAAGGCGUUUUGUGUUCUCCCGAGCAUGGGCUCAAAGGAUGUGGGUGUCAGGAGAAUCGAUUAACAGCAACUUACUGGCUAGAAUUGCCGGCUUAUCGUUCCCUACUGUAGGAGCCGUAUGCGUGCACGCCGAGAAGGGAGGAUGGUCCUCUGAUCUUGACUCGCCUCAGCUUUCAGCUGGGUUGCUACCCUCGUCAGGACAUGUAGCAUCUUAUCCGUCAAAUAGUGUAACGGUGCGAAUCGGAACAGUUCCCAUGAUCGCAAUCGGAUGUGCGUGAGGAUUCACAACAUCUGUAGGGUGACAUGCGCUAUCGACAGCAAUUAGCUUCUCUCCCUUCCCAGCAGGCAAUAGGGCAUUGUGGUUAAUAGGACACUUCACAUUGGAUUCUCGGUUUCUCGGAAAGAUGGAUUCCUAGCAACAGAGGUGGAAAAGUCCGGUUACCCGACUUCUCAGGGACACUACUGCUCUGUACGGAGUACAUGGCUCAGUUUCAGACAUUGCGGGGGUUUGGUUGGAUCUGUGCAGCCAUGAUGAGAUGUAGGGACCCCAAUGUGUGUGCUAUUGAUGAGUCUCUCCCGACAGGCAGGUCCGGAAUGUCAUCCAACUCGGCCUUUGCUGUCGAGAAUGGACGGCCCAGUCGUGUUUCUGAUCUGAAGAGGAUAUAAGUCUCCGUGUGAUUUCCCUCCAAUAGAAUCCACACAAUCUCGAAC